CUGUACUGUAACCCCCCAUCUAUCUAUCUUUCUGUCUUCUUUGUUUGAAGAAAAAAUGAGGAGAGCCCAUUGCACUUUUCUGCUUUCCUUUGCCUUCAUUUUUGCUGUUCUGUCAAAAGCUGAUCAACCGAUCAACAAGUUCCAGCCUCAUGUUCACCAGUCUUUCAGUCCCGGUUUAAUCCAGCAGACUGUAGGGAGCUGUUCUUACACGGUUGUUAUCUCGACAAGCUGCUUAUCACCCAAAUACACAACUGAUCAGAUCAGUAUUAUUUUCGGUGAUGCUUUUGGCAAUCAGGUUUAUGAUUCGAAGCUGGUCAAUCCAUUUACGAUCACAUUCGAACAAUGUUCGACAAACACAUUUCAGGUAACUGGAUCAUGUUCACUUGAGAUAUGUUAUGUCUAUUUCUACAGAAAUGGAACAGUUGGUUGGAUUCCACAAAGUGUGGAGAUUUAUGGUUCAUUUUCAACUCCUGCCGUGUUUUUCUUCAAUUCAACCACCGUUCCUGAAGGUGAAUGGUAUGGAAUUAACAAGUGCCAGCACGUUCCUAGUGCCCCUCCUCCUUCUUCAGCACUACGGCUACAAAUUAUUCCUGGAUGGUUUUUGUACUUGAUUCUAGGGAUUCUUGCUACUUCCAUAUUUUUAUCCUAUUAACAAGCUACAACAUCCUCCAGCAGUAUGAUCAGAGUCUGUUUCUAGCUAGUUUAUUGCUAUUGUUUGCUAUUUCUGGAUUGUUGAACACCAAAAGGCCAUUGUAAUGGUACUUGAAAUAAUUAAUAUGUAGGGGGGGCCCUUUUCUGUGUUUGAUGUAUUUUUAUUUUUUUUGAUGAAUUAUGUGUAAUGUCAUUGUGACUAGUUAAUUAAUUAACUCUUUUGUUACGAGUGAAUUU